UCCGCAGGCUGCCUGGCUUCGGCCGCUGCGAUGUUGCCGGCGGCGUCGGUGCGCACGGGCGGGAGCUGGGAGCGGGCCUCCGGCGGCCCAGCGCCCCCAGAAAAUACAAGAGACAUCAUAAUGAUAUAUGAAGAAGAUGCUGAGGAAUGGGCUCUGUACUUGACAGAAGUUUUUUUACAUGUUGUGAAAAGGGAAGCAGUCCUGUUAUAUCGCUUGGAGAAUUACUCUUUUUGGGAUUUGGAAUUGCUGAGCUUAAACUCUUACAAAUGUAAACUUUUGAUAUUAUCAAAUGGCCUGCUUAAAGACCUAACUCCAAGGAAAUGUCAGUUUCUGGAAAAGGUACUUCAUUCACCAGAAAGUGUGGUUACUCUGCUGUGUGGGGUGACGAGUUCAGAUCAGCUCUACAAAUUACUAAAUAUCGCUGGAGGCAGAUGGGAGAUGUCUACUGAGCAGGAGCCCCAAGAUUACAUUGCUGUAAUUGAGAGUAUCAUAUUCAGAGAUUUUCCUGCUGGCUCUGUCAAUGUCCGCGUCUACUGCGAUGGAGUCAUGAAGGCCACAACAGAGAUGAAAUACUCUACAACAGCAAAGCCUGUGGAAAACCUACUGGGAAUGGCACAUCCAGGAGAUGGUGUGUGCCAG